AUGCCCUUCGCCCUCGCGCAUCGCACAUCGGUCUCGCCCACAAUCACGCGACGAGACGCAAUUAAAGUCGCGAUCGCCGCCCCGUUUGCCGUCAAACCCGCGAGCGCGUCGCUCGUCGAUGAAAGACAAGCUCAGAGAUGUUUUGAAAGAAUUUCGGACUCCUUGGUCUCUCUCUCCUUCAACGACGACGCGCUCGUAAAGCGGUCCGGUUUCGUGUGGUACGUCGACGCCAACGACUGUUGGAUCGCCACCUCGAGUUCUGGCGCGUCGAAGGGAACGUUGAAAUCGUUAUCAACGAUCGCGUUCGCGAACGGCGGUUCAGCUGUCAUGGACUCGACAUGCGAAUACGUGAGCGACGCGAACGCGGGCGUGGCGUUCGUCAGAGUGCCGAUUGGAUUGUUAAAGAUGCGUGACGCUGGGAAACCGCGAGCGGCGGCGAUCGGGACGAGCGGGGACGUGGUGGUUGGACGCGCGUGUUUCGCGUGUGCGUGCGGGCCAGAUGGAGAGCCGAGCCUUGCGAGCGGAAUCGUGAGCGGAUUAAAUCGGAAGAUUCCGGUGGUUGGUGGGCUGAUGAUGAAGGGGUUAAUUCAGACAGACGCAACGGUUUCGGAGAGUUCGAGCGGAGGGGCUCUGUGCGAUGGCGAGGGACGGGUGAUCGGGUUGUGCGUUGUCCCGGGAUCGCAAGGACGCGAGCCGAAUGGAGUGAACUUCGCGGUACCCAUCGACACCGUUCGCUUCGUAGCGGAGAGGCUGUGA